UAUGAAUUUCAAAAAUUAAUUUAGAAAUCUUAAAAUUUGUUAGUUAACCCUUUAUAUUUAAGAAUGAAAUAAAUUCAGUCAAAUCAUUUUUACUAGUCACGAAUUCAUCCAAAGUUGGGUGAUCAAUUUUUUAUUCAAUUGAUGUAGUUAUCAAAGACGUGAUAUGCAAUAUGAAUGGUCAUGUGUUAGAAUUAACUAAUGCAAAUAGUUAUGAAGAAUUAAGCUUUGAUAAUAAAGAACACAUGUCUCUAAUAAAUACAAUAUAUCAGGAUAAAGUCAUGAUAAAAGAAAGUAUGACUUAUUCAUCUGAGUCUAUUCAAUUUGAUAGUGAAACAGAAGAAACAUAUGAUGAAUGUUAUUCUUGUUUUAUGUGUAAUGUCUCUUAUAAUACCCAAUUUGAUUUAGAAGAGCAUUUGAGAACUCAUAAUGAUGAUGAAACAUUUCAUCAUAGUAAUAUUGAUAGUACUAGUGAACCUUUACCUAGUGAAUUCAUACGGCCUUCAAAGUAUUUUAGAUGUUAUGAAUGUUUAAAAGUGUGUAAAAGUCAAUUAUCUUAUAAUGAACAUAUGCUAACACACACUGGAGAAAAGCCUCAUCAUUGUCGAGUUUGUGAUCGUAAAUUUCGACAUAUAGCUAACUUCAGGACUCAUUUAAAAAGUCAUACUAAUAUAAAAACAUUAGUCUGUUCUCUUUGUUGUAAAACCAUUGUAGGAGAAAAAAAUUACUACAUUCAUUAUAUGGAUGUGCAUAAUAAAAUGUCUGUUCGACAAUCUCGUCUAUAUCACACUAGCUCAUCAGAUAGUGAUGAAGAUUUUAACCCCAAAAUAUCAUAUUACAAAAAAAAAAAAAUUAAUAUGCGAAAUGGAAAAUGUAGAAAAUACAAUGAACCUUUUGGCCCACUAUUUGCUAAAAAAGCUUGGGAAAAAAAACAAUUUGAAAACUACAUUUGGGAUAUUGAUGAAGAAAAAUGUGAAAGAGAUGCUGUGCAUGAAGCUAUUGAAUGUUCUAGAUUAGAUAUUCAAAAUAUGCUUAAAAAUAAAAAACAACAAUUAAAUGAUUACAAUACUGAAGAAUAUCAAAAACUACUAGACAUUUUGGUUGAAGAGAAAAAUUCAACUGGCAAAAUUAAUGAAGCUAAACUAAUUGGUCCUUUUUUUUGGAAAAGUGCUUUAUGUAAAGCUGGUCUUAUAGAAGAAUACUUAUCUCCAGUUCAAUUUCAAAGUCAAUUAAGAGUAACUGAGUGUAUUUCUUGUAGAAAAUGUUUUGCUAGGUUACCCCAAAAUAAUAAGGAUAACAUAAUUCCAUCCACCCCUCCAUGUUCAAGCUGCUUUAUGAUGAAAAAUGAAACUACAUUAAAUAAGCACAAAUCUGAACAACAUACUGAAAACCCUCCUUAUAUUUGUAAAGAGUGUUUAUCUCAAUCAUAUUCUUGGUAUGAAUAUGUCCAACAUAUGAAAAUGCAUUUAAGAUAUGCAGCAAGAUGCAGUGAAUGUAUUUACAUGAUGAUGAAUAAACCUGAACAAGUAAUUUUUCUAUGUCAUGAAUGUGAUAUGUCUUUUGAUUCUGACGAACAGCUAAAAAUUCAUUUAAAAACACAUUUAGAAAAUGGACAAAAUAAUAGUUGUAGUAAUAAAUCGUAGUAUUAGUUGAGUUUUAAUUUAUAGAAAUUAUUUAGUAAACAUUCUUAUUACUUAAAAAAUAUUCCAAACCAUUUUUAUUUAGAUAGUACAAUUUUUUAAUUAUUCUUUCUACCAUGAUUAAGUUAUAUUUUAAGUUUAUAAUCUGCAAUAUACUUUUGUUUCCAAAAAUUAAUUAUUUUAUACUUUUCAGCAUUUAUUAUAUUACAUGUUUCGUUGUCCUAAUGUUAGUAUUAUAUAAUCCAACAUUAUAUAUGAUUAUAACAUAAUAAUUUAUGUAUUUUUAAAUACUACUUA